AUGAAAGAAACUUAUUGGCUGAGACAGGAGCUGGUUCUUCGCCCCGGGUCGAUGACUUUCGACUGGUGGGCUCAUCCUCCAGUGCGGCCCUUCGUGCGAGUAUACGUGUAUAAUGUUACCAAUGCUGACGAGUUUCUUAACAAUGGAUCGAAACCCAUCUUGGACGAAUUGGGACCAUAUGUUUAUUCCGAAGAAUGGGAGAAAAUGAAUAUUACUGACAAUGACAAUGGAACAUUGACAUUCUACUACCAUCGGACGUAUACCUUCAUGCCUGAGCUGAGUGCUGGACCCGACGACGAUUCCGUAGUAGUUCCAAACAUACCUAUGUUGAGUGCGACCUCUCAAUCGAAGCACGCGGCACGUUUUCUCCGUCUCGCCAUGGCGUCAAUCAUGGACAUUCUGAAGAUUAAGCCAUUCGUAGAAGUAUCCGUUGGUCAACUCCUUUGGGGUUAUGAAGACCCGCUUCUAAAACUGGCCAAGGAUGUCGUGCCCAAAGAGCAAAAGCUGCCGUAUGAGGAAUUUGGACUUUUCUAUGGGAAAAAUGGAACAGCCCCCGAUCCGGUAACAAUGUUCACUGGCGCAUCUGAUAUCACAAAAUAUGGUAUCAUCGAGAGAUACAACCACCGUGAUAGCCUUCAACAUUGGGCAACUGACGAGUGUAACAGCAUUGCUGGAUCUGAUGGGUCCAUCUUCCCACCGCAUAUCACCAGAAACGACACUCUGAAGGUGUACGAUAAGGAUCUGUGUCGCCUGCUACCGUUGAAAUACUUGAAAGACGUCGAGUCAGCUGCUGGUGUCCAAGGAUUCCGGUUUACGCCGCCAGAGGACGUUUUCGCUAAUAACGACUACAACAAGUGUUUCUGCCCCAAUGGCCCACCAUGUGCGCCUAACGGACUAUUCAAUGUGUCUCUCUGUCAAUACGAUUCCCCUAUAAUGCUCUCGUUCCCUCAUUUCUACUUGGCGGAUGAGAGUUUCCGUGAAGCAGUGGAAGGGAUUUCCCCACCGGAAGCGGAAAAGCAUAGGCUAUAUAUCGAUGUGCAGCCUGAAAUGGGUACAGCAAUGCAGGCUCGUGCGCGUGUCCAGAUAAAUUUGGCUGUAUCACAAGUGGUUGAUAUAAAGCAGGUCGCCAACUUCCCGGACAUCGUUUUUCCUAUAUUGUGGUUUGAGGAGGGAAUAGAUGAGUUGCCAGACCAAGUGUCAUCGCUCCUACGUUUAGCCACUAAGGUCCCGCCCAUUGCCCGUCUUGUCCUUUCUUGGGGUUUGUCCGCACUGGGAGCACUGCUGAUUCUGCUAGCUGUCACUUGUCUUAUACGAUCAUCACAUCGUCAAAGCACGCUAAGGCUAGAAGGGCACGCGGUAGCAAAACCACCUCCCGCCAAAACGCCAAGUAAAGAACAAAAUGGAUACGAACUCAAUAGGAGAUAA